GGCACCACCGACAACAUCCUUGCCCAUGAGCGCGAUUGGUAUUGUCUUGGACUGAAUUGGCGUGGGCUUUGUGAAUCCGACCGAGUUCAGACCCUUGAGAAUAGGACGGGAAAGCGACAUGUCGAGGAAGGAACUGUGGACGCCCUUUUCUUGCUUGACGUCGUCCUCAUCAGCAAAGAACUCUUUCCUCUUAGCAGCCUCCUCGGCAUCUUCUUCAUCGUUUUCGGAUUCCGAGUCUUUCUCGUCGUCGGGGUGAUUGAUGGGUGUCGCGACCGAGUCAUUGUCCGAAGCAGCAUCGUCGUCGUCGUCGGCCUCGCCAUCCUUCUCCUCGUCCUCAUCCUCAGAAUCGGAACCGUCUUUUGGCUCCUCCGCCUCCUCCUCCUCGACAUCAGACCCCACGCCCAUACCAAAGCCAUCCUCCGCCAACACCUCAUCAUCAUCGUCGUCAAGGUCCACUUCCGCCAUCUCCUCAUCCUCUUCUUCCACUUCCUCCUCCUUCUCCUUCUUCUUCCCAGCCUUGGCCUCCUUCUUCGCCCUCCUCCUCUCAAUGAUAGCAUCCAAAUCAACCAUAACCUUAUUCUCGCCCCCCUUGAGCAUAUUCUUCUUCGCAUCGUCAAAACCCCAUGCGCCGUCGAAUUCUUCCCCAAAGUCGUUCACACCUUCGAGCGCAAACUCAAAGUCGGAAUCCAUAGCGCCAUCAUCCCAAACAGCCUCCUUGUCGUCCUUCUCCUCCUCUUCUUCCUCAUCCUCCCCCUCCUGUCGUUGUUGCUUCUUCCCCUUCUUGCCCUUUUUCUCCUUCUUCACAGUCUUGGUCUUCUUUUUUGGCCGAGCGGCGGCGGCGGCAACCUCGACGUCCUCCUCCUCGUUUGGGAUUUCCUCAUUGUCAGAAAUGGUGAGGAUGAAGUCGUCGUCGACGGUUUUUCUCUUCUUUUGAACGGGCGCCAUUUUGGGGGUGUGAAAUUGGAUUUUUUUUGCCCGGUUUUGGCUUGGUCGGAACAGUGUUUGGAGAUGCUGCGAAAGACUUGUUGCUGCAAGGUCAAUUGCUGGUGGGGCUGAGUUGUUCAAAAAUUUGGGACAGGGAACUUUUUCUGCCGGGCGGUGGGGCGAUAAGAUGGUUGGGCGUGGGUGAUAAGACCUAUACCUGGAAUUUGCUACCAAUUGCUUUCCAAAUUGCAAAGGGGGCAAUGAAAAAUAAACAACCUCUAUUUGAAUGCACCGAGUCUUCUUAUUCAGGAACCGCAAAUUGUGUGCGACAAGUUGUGAGCUCGUUUUGGAAAAGAUUCCUCACCUCGAAUUCAAAGAUCAGUCUCCACUGUAGCUCGCCGCUCAGACCCGCUAACAGCGCAAGGCUGGGCGUCCCCACAGCAGCUCGCCCCACCUGGCGCGCACGCGCAUCAUUGUUCACUGACAGAGCGUCCAGCCUCUCUCUCAACUCAUUCCAGAGAUCAUCACCAACUUAACUUUCCAGUACACCCACCACAAACAACGUCGCGCAACCAAGCUUUUCCCCCUUCCCACUGUCAAAAUCAAUCAACAUCAACUCCCACCAGUCUCUCAACUCUCCCCCCGUCUUUUAACCCACCUAUUUUCCGCUCGACCACACCACUUCCCAUUUGGCCAAGAUGGCACCCGUAACCUCCGACCUCCCCCAAGUCCAAGACUCCGUCUCAACAACCCUAACCCUCCUCUUCCAAACCCUAACCAACAUCUCCCUCUACGACUCCGCCGGCCGCCCCUCCGCCCCGGUCCUAGCAUCCGACCUCACAGCCCUAGACGACUCACUCCUCAAACCAACGCCCUCCCCCUCCGCCGUGCCCGGCAUCCCCCUCCCCCUCAUGGAAUACGUCGAAAACGGGCGAAACCCCGACAUCUACACCAGAGAAUUCGUCGAGCUGGUCAGGAGGUUGAACCAUCUCACCAGAGGCAAGAUGCACGCCUUUCGAGAUUUCAGGGAUGUCCUCGCGAGAGAGAUGGCGGCGGCUAUGCCUGAGGUGAAGGAGGAUGCGAUGAGGGUGGUGGAGGAGACGGGAGGGAAGGGGCCGGUUUUGUUGGGAGACGAGGAGGGGAAGACGGAGGGGAGGUGA